GCCACGCCAGUCACAAGCCCUAAACCGCACGCGAACAGAAUUCCCCACAAUCGCACAGCGACUCUGGCAACCCCCGACAAUUUCAUAAUUCUCUAUCACCAAAUCACGACAAACGCCAGCGCCGACACCCAGCAAGUCCGCGACCGAACGCCAAACGACUACCCCAUCCCCCACCCCAGAAAUGUCGACGGCCGAUAUCAAGCAAAUCUCCUUCGGGUCCGGAAAGCGGGAGGUCCCGCUCAAGAGGUCCUCCAAGUGGUACCCUUCGCAGGAGGAUGCGGAGCCCAAGAAGGUCCGCAAGUCCAUCAGGCCGACCACCCUCCGUCCUUCCUUGAAGCCCGGUUGCGUCCUGAUCCUCCUCGCUGGUCGUUUCCGGGGCAAGCGUGUCGUUUUCCUGAAGGCUUUGACCAACGGUAUCCUGCUCGUCACCGGUCCCUUCAAGGUUAACGGCGUUCCUCUUCGCCGUGUCAACGCUCGUUACGUGAUCGCCACCUCUACGACCGUCGACCUUGCUGGUGUUAACGUCGACAAGUUCGACGACAAGUACUUCGCUCGCGAGAAGGAGGCGAAGAAGACCAAGGAGGAGAAGCUCUUCAAGGGCGACAAGGUGACCGUACGUUGUGACCUUUCGACUCCUCAUUGCAGCCAAGAGAUGAAGGAGUUCUAAUGUCUAUUUCUACAAUACAGAAGAAGGAGACCCCGGACAUCCG